CUGGGGGAUGCGCCCGGCCCUGAGAGGCCAUAUAAAGCGUCGCGCCUCUCCCCGUCGCUUCGCCUGUAACGUCCACGGAUCUUAGCUGUGGUGGCGGCCGUCGCUCUCCCGUGCUCUCAGUGGAGUCUUGCGUCCUGACCAGUCUAUGGUGUUUCCUGGAGCCCCCGGCACCGUCAUGUCGCGCUCGGAAGAGGUGCACAGGGUCACCGAGAAUGUCUACAAGACAAUCAUGGAACAGUUUAAUCCCAGCCUCCGGAACUUCAUAUCCAUGGGAAAGAACUAUGAAAAGGCCUUGGCAGGUGUGACAUACGCUGCAAAAGGAUACUUUGAUGCCCUGGUUAAAAUGGGAGAAUUGGCCAGUGAAAGUCAAGGAUCUAAAGAAUUAGGGGAUGUUCUGUUCCAGAUGGCUGAAGUCCACAGACAGAUUCAAAAUCAGUUAGAAGAGAUGCUGAAGUCCUUCCACAAUGAACUACUAACACAGCUUGAGCAGAAAGUAGAUCUAGAUUCACGGUAUCUAAGCGCUGCACUAAAGAAGUACCAGACCGAGCAAAGGAAUAAAGGGGACUCGGUAGAAAAAUGCCAGGGUGAAUUGAAGAAGCUUCGGAAAAAGAGCCAAGGAAGCAAAAAUCCUCAGAAGUAUUCGGAGAAGGAGCUGCAGUUUAUUGAAGCAAUGACCAAUAAACAAAGUGAGCUGGAGAACUAUGUAUCUGAUGGUUACAAGACAGCACUCACAGAAGAGAGGCGGCGAUUUUGUUUCCUGGUAGAGAAGCAGUGUGCUGUGGCCAAAAAUGCUCUUACAUAUCACUCCAAGGGAAAAGAUAUCUUGACACAGAAGCUCCCAUUAUGGCAACAAUCUUGUUCGGAUCCCAACAAGAUCCCAGACCGUGCUCUCCAGCUUAUGCAGCAGAUGGCCCUCAGCACCAAUGGCUCAAUUAUGGCUACACCUCUGUCAACAUCCAAGUCAAAUCUCAUCAUCUCAGACCCUAUACCUGGUGCCAAACCUCUCCCAGUCCCACCAGAGCUGGCACCCUUUGUAGGACGAAUGUCUGCACAAGAGACUAUUCCAGUAAUGAAUGGCGUCUCAGGCUCGGAAGGUGAAGAUUACAGCCAUUGGUCUGACCGAAAGCCUCCUCAGCCGAAGUCCUUAUCUCCACCACAAACUCAAAAGCAACUGAGUGACUCUUACUCCAAUACUCUCCCUGUGCGCAAAAGCGUAAUGCCGAAAAACAGCUAUGCAGCCACUGAAAACAAGACUCUUCCCCGUUCCAGCUCCAUGGCAGCAGGACUAGAAAAGAAUGGCCGGACAAGAGUGAGAGCCAUCUUCUCUCAUGCUGCUGGGGACAACAGCACCCUUCUGAGCUUCAAGGAGGGGGACCUUAUUACAUUGCUAGUGCCUGAGGCCCGAGAUGGCUGGCAUUAUGGAGAGAGUGAAAAGUCCAAAUUGAGAGGCUGGUUUCCUUUCUCCUACACACGUGUGCUGGACAGCGAUGGGAGCGAUAGAUUACAUAUGAGCCAGGGGAAAAGCAGUAGUACAGGUAACCUGUUGGACAAAGAUGAUAUCCCCCCUCCAGAUUACAGCAUGUCCUCCCGAACUUUCCAGUCACCGAAUGUCAGCACUUUCAAACAGAGGCCGUACAGCAUGGCAGUGCCAGCAUUCCCCCAGGGACUGGAUGACUAUGGGGCAAGACCCUCAAGCAGCCCGGAUGUUGAAGUGGCCAGGUUUUGAGAUGUAUCCCUGACUGUGUGUAUACAGUAGUUGAAUCCUUUUGCCAACGUCCAGCUCAAACCAACCGUGACAAAUGAUCGCUCAGCUCCUCUCAUCAGCUGAUCCAGAAAUGUUGAGUUACGGCGGGUACCUUGCACCUUUUGAUUUCACUUUCACCCGUGUUGUAUUUCUGUGAGGUCCUUGUACAGUUUACGUGUCUUUCCCUCCAACUCUGUUUUGAUAGUUAAAUGGCAUUUAAAUGGCAUGCUGGUGUGCUUUUCCUUUUGCUUAUUAGAAAUAGAAGAGAAGCUUGACCCUUGGAAAGCGAUGAGUUUUGAAAGGGAUGCUACACUGCUAUAUUGACUGGAGACCUAGAUAGAUCAGAAAGCAGCCCCUGCCUUCUUUGCCUUUGCAGCUAUACGCAAAAUGAGCCUUGCAGUCUUGCAGUGUCUUAUGUUUGCCCGUUAAAAUUUCUCCUGGAAGUCCUUUUUCAUCUUCUGUCAAAACGUAUGGAAUUGAACAGGACUUCAAGCUGUCAAGAGAAGCUUUGGGGCUGCCUAAGGCCGUCAGAUAAAAUGCAUGAUCCGGGUCCUGCUCACUCAACACCUGGAACUGACACGGACUUGAAUCUUUGAAGCGCUUCCUGGUAGCUCCCUCCUUACCUUGUGUUGGACUUUUGCUGGAUAAAAGUAAAGUAAAAGUUUUACUGAAUCAAUGUUUAGAAGAGCUGGGCUCCUCAAAGCAAUUGUCUCAAUUUGACACUUUAAUUUUUAUUAACGGUCUUUCUCUCCUAAUGGUCCAUCUCUCCUACAGCUAUCCCGUUUGCCUGUGAUGAUCCUUAAGCGGCAAGGCCCACUGAUGGCCAAGUUAUUGUGCAUACCCUUUCCAGCAUAUUAAGAUGGUUGGGGAAUGUUAUGCAGGAAAGGAAUAUUUUCUGUGUGCAACUAGCACCAUCUGUUGCUUGAGCAUUUGUUUAAUUUCUCUGUUGCUUUAAAUAGACCAAGGAGGGACUUUUCCGUCCAGCCCUUAUUAAAAAGCUAGUUUAGUCCUACCAUGCCCAAACUCCCCUUGUUGUGCCUUCUUAUUGACACACCUUGACUGGUGCAAGUGUGUCUUCUGCUGCCAAAACAAGUUAGUUUAGACAGCUUGACCUCCGUCUUGGUAUUGGGUCCAUGCUGUUUGAAAGAUCCUUGUUCUAUGACUAAGCCAAUACUGUAUUCCUAUUUUUUAACUUUUCUUUUUAAGGUGCACUUGCCUUCUAAAGUAGAUGUUAAUUCAGUCGUGAAUAUGCUUUUUUGUUAUGUUCUGUUCUACUGGCUUUCAAAGUCUGGUAAGAUGCAACAUAGACCAUUCAGCUCGCUACGUGUAUUUAUGUAACCCAAGAAUAAUGAGUAGUUCCAGGAAACGGUAGUUAUCAAAAUGGAACUGGACUUACCCACAAUUUGGAGUGCUCUUACUGUUUGAAUUCCAGUUGUAGCACCAGAGUCUGGUAAUAAUGAAGAAUGCAAACCCAAUUCCUAAAAUACAUUUGACUUCAAAUAUGGAGUGAUCGAGGCAAAUUAGUAGUCAAUUUUUAAGAGCUGUUUCUAUGCCAUUUACCCAUUAAAUUCUCAUUGAACAAACCCUCGUGAAUUAUGCUGGAUGCAAACUUCUCCUUAUUCUACUUAAUAGUAGCUCCCAGCUGACUGUACAAAAUCUAUAUUGAGCUAUAUUUAUAAUCUAUAUUUUCCUCCCAAAGAGAAAUGAUGAUAAUAAUGGUAUUUUUUUUCCUCUAAAAAUGGUGUGAACUUUGGCUAAAUAUUAAACAGCCCCUCUCAUCUGAUCCUUUGCAUAAUCUGAAUUUAUUUGCAGCUGCUUUGCUUUUUCCAGUGACUUUUAAAAAGCAGUCACAGCUGGCUCAAAUAUAAUUUUACCAAUCUUACCAUUAAAAUCAUUCAAGUUCAAAUUUGAUCAUAGUUAGCUUCUGUGCUCUCUGUUCUCAAUUUCUGAAAAACAUUAAGACUGGUUUCUAUGAUACACUUAGCCCAGAAUUGUAUUGCCUGGCUUAAGGUGUUGAUUGAACCUAAUCAUUGUGGUUUAUUCAAUAAAUCAAAGUUAAACUGUGGCUUAGCAUGCUGUGUAGAUCCUGUUUAAGUUUCCAUGCAAGCUUGGAGACUUCUGUAUUUUUCUAUUAGUGAGCAUUUCUAUCACAACUUGUACAUUUCCCUGUGGCUUAUGAUGCACACAUAUAAAUAUCUCAAAAUCUAUAUUUUUAUAUAAAGAAAUUUAGCUAAAAACCAGUUAUAGAAAAUCUGACAAUUCAGACAGUUUAGAUAAGGUUGCAGUCCUAAGGAAAAUUGUGUAACAGGUGAAGCUCAUUGGCCUUAUUUUUGAUCACAUGUGCUACAACUGCUUUUUUUAUUAUGUCUUUCUUCUAUUACAAUCCUUUCUUGAAAAUCAUUUUUCCAGUUGUUGAAUAAUUUACUUUAUGGUCUUUGUUCAUAUAAAUAUAAUGAACAUUCUCAGCCACACUGUACUGUUUUGAAAAAUGGUUUUGUGUGUGUGUGUGUGUGUGUGUGUGUGUUGUAUAUACAUUUUUAAAAAGUUAAACUUUGCCAAAUUUUUGUCUUUAAGGAGGUUGAUUUUUUUGUACCUUGCUUUGCUCCUGUCUUACACCAGUUCCUUUCUUAUGUAAUAUUUUCAGCAAUGCAGCCUUGCUGUGGAAUUAUUUAGAUCUGUGUUUCUCAAGCUUGGCAAGUUGAAGUCCACACGUUUUAAAGUGGCUAAGGCUGAGAAACUUUGAUUUAGAUCAGGGGUCUUCAAACUUGGCCCUUUUAUGACUGUGGACUUCAACUUCCAGAAUUCUGGGAGGUGAAGUCCACAAGUCAUAAAAGGGCCAAGUUUGUAGACCCCUGGUUUAGAUAGUGUUACUUGAUCUGCUUAUGCUCUUCAAGAGUCUUUUUUGUUAGAGCUUGAAGAUUAAAAGAGGUUUCUCCUGGGCAGUGGUGGUCUUAUGGUGUUUUUGUGCUGCCUAUACUUCGUUUCUUGGUUAACUAACCUUCCCAGAGGAAUCAUAUUACAAGACUCUCUUGCCUUCAUAUCGAUAGUGUGAAAUUAAGGUUUGAAACCAUCCAUGCCUAACUCUUAAUGAUAAGGGUAUGGUGUACACCUUCCAGUUAAAAUUGGAAUUGGAGUUGGGUGGGUUAUCAAUUCAAAUAAAUAAAUAAAAAUAAGCGGGGCAAGUUGGUAUAUGUGGUGGAUCGUGGGAAUAAGCAGACAUAAUUAUAGUCACAGCCACAACCUAUUUCAUGGUAUGGGAAUGUAUCCUGUGACUUUACUUGUGCUUCAAGAAAAGCAGCAGUUGACUAGUGAAGGUCUUAUAGAGUACCUAGUUUGGACCCAAUUGGAAACCAUCAUGACUAGCAUUGGGAGGCUGGCUCUUAAUAACAAUGAAAGAAUGGGCCAGUGGCCAGUGAAAUACACACAACUAGGAAUAUUACCUUCUGAAUGUUACCUUCUUCCCUCAUUGCCCUGCUAAAUGCUUAGCAUGCAUGCUAAUGAUAACCACAACAGUGAAGAGCAUUCUAAGAACUGAUGCUGUGGACCCUGCUAUUAAAAGAAAGUAUAGUGCAAGAGCUGUUUUAUACUUAAAAUGGUUUGGCGUCCUGCAGGGAAAUUUGCCUUUAAAAAUGCUACAGCAGUGUCUUUGAGAAGGGUUGCAUUUUUAAUCUUAACUCCCAAAUGUGAAAUAAUGGACAUCUUUCAAUGCCUGAUCAGUUAGCUAUACGCUGGCAUUACAUUCAUUUUAACAAGAGUUGACUCUUGGCAUCAAAAGAAAUUGUGGUAAGAAACUAGAUAAUCAAAGGGAGUGCUAAAAGAGCCUCCACACCAAACCCCAAAUAGUAGAUCCCAAGUGUCAGUGCCUAAUUUACAUAGCUGUAGGAAAGAAUAGUAAUUUCUUAGUUGCUGUCCCCAUCUCCAAAAGUCCCCAUGUAACUCCCAUCCACUAGCUGUAAUCCAUGUUUUAUUCCUACCCAUUUGAGAAGUAGAGCUAGCCUUGGAUGACCAAGUUCAAUCAACCUAGUUUUGGUUUUAGUUUUUAAGCCUACUAAAUAUUUCUGAGAACAUGCCUCCUUGAAUUCUUGAAAAAAGCUAGCUUUUUCCCCACUGAACAUUCUCACCUCUUGCGACAUUGGCAUCAACUGGAGAAAGAAAAUAAUUUAUUUCUAAUUCCGUCACCCCCAUCCACAGAAGGAAUACACUAUUCGAGCUAUGUGGCGAUUUGGCUUUGAAAAAGUGAUCACAGCUAUUCCUGGGCCAAGUGUGUUGCCCCUCUUGGCAGCUGUUCCAAGAUGUUUUCACAGCAGUAAACUGAUCCCUGUUUUGCAGCACAAGUAUAAUAAUGCAGGUACCAAUAUUCCUGAAUCUCUCCAGUUUCUUUCUGUCCGGCAGUUACCUGAGGCAUAGGAGCCUUUAAGAAAGGGGUUAGUUAUUUUAUAUCCAAACCAUGACUGAACUGUAUUCGCUGUCUCUCAAGUUGUCUAGUGAAUCAGUAUCAUCCGUAAUUUCAUUAUUUCCUGCUGUCUUCAAAACACCGACGGAGGACAACAAGCAAAAGUUAUGUUAUUUUAAAAAUGUUUUAUUUUUAUAGUUACUGGAUCAAUGGUAUUUGACACACAUGCUGGGAGCUGUAUGGAACUCAGCACUGAUAAAAAAAUACAGCAAUUAUGACCCGUAUCAAUAAAAUACACUGUAAAUAGCCCACCCCUCUCUAUUUCUCUCUGUUUCAAAGAAAAUCAUUAACCCAAAACAUAGUUCUAGUCCUGACCUCAUGCAGUCUCUCGGGUUGACAGCUGUCUGUUACUAUAGACCAUAUACCUAUAGGGGCAGCCUUUUCAAAGGUAACUAGAUAAGGAAAUGAAGGAGAGAACAAGCUGGGCUGUAGCUACUUACCAUUUCCUGAACCUGCUCUUUUGUCAUACUACUGGUUCUGUCUUUGAAAGUGGAGUAUGGCAGUGGCAAGCUAGAAGCACACCGUGUAGCUGACAGAUUUACAUUUCAUCUAAUGUGGAGGAAUGAGAACACACACAAAACACCA